AUGAUAUUAGAUUAUGCACAGUUUGGUGAUGUUGUUAACUUUGAUACUACAUUUUUCACCAACAAAGAAUAUAGGCCGUUUGGUAUUUUUGCUGGAUUUAAUCAUCAUAGAGGAGUUGUCAUAUUUGGGGCUGCACUGUUAUACGAUGAGACAGUUGAAUCUUUCAAAUGGUUGUUUGAGACAUUCUUGGAAACUAAUGGGCAAAAGAAGCCUAUAACCAUUUUUACUGAUCAAGAUGCUGCAAUUGAAAAGGCAAUACUUGAGGUGUUUCCUGAGACAUGGCAUAGAUUGUGUACUCGACAGAUUAUGCAAAAUAGUAUAAAACAUCUAGGGAAUUUGAUGAAGGAUGAAACAAGUUUUUUGAAAGAUUUCAAAACUUGUAUGUCUCAUUAUGAGGAGGAACUAGAAUUUGAAAAGGCAUGGAAAAAACUGUGUAAUGAUUAUCGAGUUGAAAAUGAUUUAUGGUUGGAUCGUAUUUAUGGGCUAAAAGAGAAAUGGGCAAAGUGUUAUAUGAAGAAGACCUUCAGUAUAGGUAUGCAAAGUACACAACUCAGUGGAAAAUUAAAUGGGGACUUGAAGGAUUACUUGAAAUUCAGUUUGGAUAUUGUGCAAUUUUUUAAACAUUUUGAAAGGGUAGUGAAUGAUAAGCGUGAUAAAGAAUUAAAGGUUGAGUUUGAUGCAAGAAAUAAGCUGCCAAGAAAUCUGUUUUCCAAGUCACCCAUUAUGAAACAAGCAGGAGAAGUUUACACUCCUUGGAUAUUUGAAGAAUUUCAAGAGGAGUAUAAGUGGAUUAGUGCUUGCUACAUUAAAUUUCGGAAUGAAAGUAAUGCCUUGUAUGAGUAUGUAGUUGCUGUUGUUGAGCAAGAAGGGGAUUUUAAAGUCUUGUGUAACCUAUUUGAGUCUAUGGUUGAAUGUAGCUGCAGGAAAUUUGAGACAUUUGGUAUUCUAUGUUGCCAUGCUUUGAAAAUUCUAGAUGUGCUAGAUAUCAAGUUCAUUCCUGAAGCAUAUGUUUUGAAGAGAUGGACGCGGGCAGCAAGAGACAUGGUGGUGAAAGAUAAUAAGGGAAAACAAGUUGAAGAAGAUGUUCAUUUGGAUUCUUAA